AUGCGCUUGUUCCAACUGCUUUCGCUCGCAGCAGCCGCCGCCCCUGCGUUGGCCGACACUCAUUACUUCUUCUCGGGCUUCUUCUCCGGCAGCACUAUUGUUGGCGUCGAGUUCGAUGAUCAAACCCACUCUCUCACCCUCAAGAACAAUAUUACCACCGAUGCGUCUGCCGGCUCGAAGUGGAUUGCCCUCGACUCUCGAUUGAAAAACUUGUAUGUGGGCACCACUGGCUACUUUCAGAGCUACUCCAUCACCGACGACCUCGGUUUGUCAUACAGCAGCAAUGUGAGCCUGCCAUCAGGCUGUUCCAACGCCAACUUCAUCGCCUCUUCCACUGCGGCCCCCUACACCGUCUUCGGAACUCCAUACGGAGGUGGAUGCUCCAGUCUCGCGAUCACGGUCGACGAAUCAGGCGUGCUCCAAGAGGCAACUGCGAAUGUCACCUACGACAGCGCCGCCGGCGUCCACGGAACCUCCUUGAGUCCCCAGAAUGACUUCAUCUACUCUGCCGAUGACAUGGGCAACGCCGUUUGGGUCCACUCUUAUGACAACACCACUGGUGAAGUCGAAGAGGUCCAGUACCUCGCCGCGGCCGAGGGGUCGAACCCGCGGCACUUGGCCGUGCACCCCAACGGCAACUGGGUCUACGUCGUCUACGAGGAGGCCAACUCUAUUGCUUCUUACAAGCGCGACACGACCACCGGCAAGCUGACGUUCACCAACACCACAUACUCUCUGCUGCCUUCAGGAUACACCAACACCUCCUCCUACUGGGCCGACGAGGUCCUCUUCUCCAUCCCCAGCGGCAACGCGAGCGCCGCCGCCGCGCCCAAGUACCUCCUCGCCGCCACGCGCUCCCGCACCGUCGGCGUCCCGGGCUACGUCUCCGCCUUCGCCCUCGACGGCGCGUCCGGCGCCGUCACCGAGCAGCUGUUCCUCCUGCCCACCACCAACAGCGGCGGCUCCGCCAACGCCGUGUCCCCGGCCCCCUUCAGCGAGGACUACUUCGCCAUCACCGACAGCGGCUCCAACUUCCUCGAGGUUUGGAAGAUCGACGCCGCCGGCGCGUCCGUCACGGCGUCCGCGGUGGCGCACCUCGGAUUGGCGUCGGGGCCGGCAAAUGUUGUGUGGUACAGCUGA